AUGGCUCGAACCGCAACUCUUCCAACAAAUUCUAUCACAAUCCGUAUACACCAACCUGCAGACAUAGACUGGAUCGUCUCCCGCCACGACACCCUCUACGCAGACGAAUACAACUUCAACGACAAGUUCAUUGCUCUAGUCUCCAAGAUCGCGUCAGACUUUCAGCAAAACCAUGAUCCUACCUCGGAGCGCUGUUGGAUCGCGGAGCGUACUGACAAGACCACCAAUGAGCCAGUGGGCUGUAUAAUGCUUGCGAAGGACAUCGACUCGCCCGAUACAGCCAGACUGCGCUUACUUCUUGUGGAGCCGAGCGCUCGGGGAAUGGGAGUCGGAAGAUCCUUGAUCAAGCAGUGUAUCGAGUUCGCGAGAGAGGUCGGAUACAAGCGGGUGGUGCUCUGGACGCAGAGUAUCUUGGGCUCGGCGAGGAAGCUAUACAAGGCUGAAGGAUUUAAGUUGGUGAAGGAGGAACAGCAUGAAGGGUUUGGGACGACACUGGUAGGGGAGUUAUGGGAGCUGGAGUUAGGGAAGGUGACUCAGGACGCAUAG